AUGACGGAUGAGAGAGCCCUUCAACCCCGGGACCGGCAGCACGCCGCCGACAACGAAACCGGGACAGCGGGGGGCGUUUCGUCGGCCGAAGCCACCGAGGCGACGCCUCUGCUCAACUCCGGGGCCUCUUCUCCAACACUCCGUGAUGGGUCGCUGGGCGGUAAUAGCCGCCGGGAUCGGGAUUCGGACGUUGACGUUGACGAAGACGACGAUGCCGGACCGAAGCAGUCCAUAAGCGUGACCCGCGCGGGGGUUCUCAUGCUCAGCACCUGGAUCCUCAUCUUUCUUCAAGCAUCGAACACGUCGGGCAUGACAAUGACCCAGUCCGUCGUCGCCGAGGACCUCGAGGCCUACGCGGACGCCAUGUGGUUCACCAGCUCCUACCUCAUCAGUAUGGCCUCGCUGACGCCCCUCUUCGGCCGCCUGGCCACCAUCUUCUCUCCCCGCAGCCUCGUCCUGCCCCUGGGCUGCUUCUUCGCCGCCGGCGGCGUCGUCACGUCCCAGGCGUCCUCGUUCUGGGUCUUCAUCGCCGGCAGGAUCCUGUCAGGCAUGGGCGGCGCGGGCAUCAUGACGCUGUCCAUCAUCCUGGUGCUCGAGCUGGUUGGCAAGAAGAGCCGCGGCCUCUUUGUCGGGCUGGUGAACACGGGCUUCACGAUUGGCCUGUCGUUUGGUGCCGUUGUGUCCGGCGCGCUGUUGCCGGCCAUCGGAUGGAGGGCCCUCUUCGGUUUGCAGGCACCGCUCGGCCUGUUCGCAGGUCUGGGCGCCUUCUGGAGCAUACCCAAGACCUUCAGUUCGGAUCACGAGGCAAAAAGCAGGCCCAUCUCGCACAAGUUGGCUCGAAUCGACUACGCGGGUGCUUUUAUGCUCGUCCUGACCAUCGUCCUGUUCCUCUACGGCCUCUCUGGGGAAAUCCAAACGCGUCCUCUCAUUUUCUCCGCCCUCUCUCUCCUUCUGUUCAUCUUCAUCGAGUUCAAGUUCGCCGCAGACCCCAUCAUCCCCAUCUCCCUCCUAACGUCUCGCCCCGUCCUCCUCUCCUGCGUGGCUCAGCUCUUCUUCAUGUCGAUCCGCUGGACUCUUCUCUACUACGCGCCCAUAUUUGCCCUCGCCGUCCGCGGAUACGCCCCGGCCAUCGCUGGCUCGAUCCUGGUCCCGACCAACAUCGGCUUCGGCUCCGGUGGGCUGGUCGUCGGCUGGCUCCACGUCCGCCGCAACGGCGCCUUCUGGACGCCCUCGGUCAUCAGCCUGACGUGCUUCGCGGUGACCAUGUUCUGCCUCUCGUUGGUCGGCACGGCAGACUCGCCGUUUUGGGUAUUCGUCCUGGCCGUCGUGCUCAACGGGUUCGCGACGGGCGCCACGCUGAACUACACCCUCGCGCACAUGCUGCACCUGAGCCGACCGGAGGAGCACUUCGUCUCGACCUCGUUACUGGGCACGUUCCGAGGGUUCGGGGGUAGUUUCGGUACGGCCAUCGGCGGGGGUAUCUUCUACCGCCUCCUGCGCUCCGGCCUGUUGUCCAGCUUCAGGGAGCUCGACGGCGGGAGGCUGUCCGAGGAGCGGAAGGAGCUCGUCACGAAGCUGAUCGGGAGCCCCGCGCUCGUGUUCAACGGCCGGCUGGCUCCUGCCGAGCACGCCAUCGCGGUGGAAAGGUACGCCAGCGCAUUGAGGGGCACGUGGCGUGUGGCGGCGGCGCUGGCGUUUGUUGCCGUCGUGAUCCAGGCGAGCACGGGGUGGAGGGGCCCUGCGGGUAGGAGGGCGGUGGGCGAUGAGAUAGAGGCAAGGGCGGUGGUAACGGAGAGCGAGGGUGUUGGCGAGGCAUGA